AUGGAGCACUAUCAGCACGACGUGGCUCUCCGCGCCGGCCAAAUGAUGGACGAGCUCUCCUUGUACGACGUUUACCGCCGCCAGGACACCGCCGCGGGAAGGGAUCUGGACUCCGCGGCGACCGCGCUCCGGCAGCAGCAUCACACCGUGGAGAACUUCACCUCGGGGAAUAAAGUCUACAACGCGGCUCCAGUGCGGCCGGUCCAAUGCGGCCGGACCGUGCCGGUGGAUUUCUGCACCCCGCAACGGGAGACUGGCUACGCCGAGGAAGGCUGCUGCAAGUCUGAGGUGGCGUUGCCUUGUUACACCGGCGCAUCUGAGAGGCAGCAACGGCGUUACUCGCUGGAGGUUCACCGGUACAGUACCGGCUCGGCGUUUGACUCUCUCCACAAGCCGUUGCCUAUGCCCGGCAACAGGUGUAAUAGCGUGUGCAUGGACGGCAGGCACCACAGCCCGCGCUCCAGCCUGGCGUCCUCCUCCGCUUCCUCCUCGCAGGAGCAGGGCAAGCACGCCAGCCCCCGGUCGAGCCUGGUGGUGUCGGCGGCGGUUCCCGGCCUGGAGCACUGCGCGGGCUCCAGCGUCCUGAGCCCGAGGUCUAGCUACGCGAGCACGGCCAGCGACACCAGUAAGCACUCAAGCCCAAGAACCAGCCUGAACAGCUGCGACUGCUGCAGCAAGCCCAGCAGCAACCGGACCAGCGGCAUCAGCAUGGGCUACGACCAGAGGCACGCCAGCCCCAGGUCCAGCACGGCCAGCCAGUACUCCUUCACCACCAGUCCCAGGUCCAGCUACUCGGACUCGCGCUACGGACCCCAUGUCAGGGACGAUUUUGAGGGAGGCGCCCCGCUCGUGGCCAGCCCCAGGUCCAGCAUCUGCAGCCAAGACGGGAGCGCCAGAGCACCCGUCUGCGUGCUCAGUCCCCGGUCCAGCAUCUCCAGCCACAGCUCGAGGAGCUCCCGUAGCUCCAGAGGGUCCAUGAGCACCUAUCCGGAUCUGCAGCUGCCCUCGCCAAGGGCGUCCAUGCUGGGGGGACACGACGACUCAUUCCUACAGGAGCUGGGGGACUCCAACGGGAUGCACCCACGCCUCCAAGUCCAGGAGCAACCCUUGUCCAUUGAAGGGACCUCCAAAACACCUACCGCAGGCCAGAGGUUCAAGAUGCCUUAUCAGGUGACGCCUAGCAGGGACAGUGGGCCAAGUCAAGCGGAGAGGCGGCUGGAGGCGCUCACCUUGGAGUUAGAGAAGGAGUUAGAGAUGCACAUGAAGAAAGAGUACUUUGGUAUUUGUGUUAAAUGCGGCAAAGGCGUAUAUGGAGCCAGCCAAGCCUGCCAAGCUAUGGGGAAUCUUUACCACACCAAUUGCUUCACCUGCUGCUCCUGUGGGAGGAGAUUGCGAGGAAAAGCUUUCUAUAAUGUCAACGGAAAAGUCUACUGCGAGGAGGACUUUUUGUACUCUGGUUUCCAGCAGACAGCUGAGAAGUGCUUCGUGUGCGGCCAUCUGAUCAUGGAGAUGAUCCUUCAGGCACUGGGCAAAUCCUACCAUCCAGGCUGCUUCCGCUGUGUGGUGUGUAAAGAAGGUCUGGAUGGGGUGCCCUUCACUGUGGACGUGGAAAACAAUAUCUACUGCGUCAAAGACUACCACACGGUCUUUGCUCCCAAGUGUUCCUCCUGUAACCAGCCCAUUCUCCCAGCUCAGGGCUCCGAAGAGACCAUUCGGGUGGUCUCAAUGGACAAGGACUAUCAUGUGGAAUGUUACCACUGUGAGGAUUGCCGCCUCCAGCUAAAUGACGAAGAGGGUCAUCGCUGUUACCCUCUGGAUGGCCACCUCCUUUGCCAUGGCUGCCACAUCCAUCGACUGCAGUCCCAGGUUCCAGGGAACCCGCCCCCAAGCUACCCGCUCCAUGUCACUGAGCUGUGA